AUGCGCCCCUCCCCUUUAACCCUCCUCCUAAGCGUUGCCGCGGCGAGUCCACUCACCACCGACCAAUCCCAAUCCUCCACUCAAUGCCCACUUAUCUUUGAUGGCCGAAUUCCCGUCAACCUCACUCUCUCCUCUUUUGACUCUGCCACAACCUCCCCCUACAGCCCUUCAUACGUCAAAGGUGAAAAUCUAACCUGGUCCUCCAUCCUCCUUCUCCCAAAUUCCUCCACCAGCUACACUCCCUCCCGCUUCGACAUCCCGUCUGCCCACAAACCCUUCGAAGUAACAAUAUCCGAUGCGUCGCUAUUCCGCUCCGGCCAGGGCCUUCAACUCGGCUUCCGGCGCGCGGGAUUGCUGUUGAGGGAUGACAAGAACGAAGUAGGGGGGGAUGCGGCGGAUAAGGGUGUUGUGACUUUUCAUUGGAGUGUAGCGCAGGAUGAGAAGAGAGCGAUGAAUUUGAGUCACGAGUAUAUGAAUGUUUGGCACGAACGGGCGGAUUAUGCUGGGAAUCAGUUUAGUUUGUUGGCGGGGGUGGUGUUGGUGCAGGAUGGGGGGAAUGGAGUGGAUACGAAGGCUGAAAGGGAGAUGUGGAAGGUUGUGGGGAGGAAUAAUACGGUUGUGUUUCGGACACCUAUCCAGUGGGCCGGUUGGGAGAAUUGGGCGGUGCAGCUGGAUUAUGAGAAGAGUACUCUCCAGGUCUUCUACUCGGUUGGAAAUGAUCCAUUAAAGUCAGUCACGGACCGAAUUCCAAAUGAUAAUUCUGGAGGUGGACAGUUGCAGUUGGGGAUGGCGAAGAAGCCAACGGAGACUAAGACUGUGGUUUGGGAUGGGUAUCAAGAACCGCUGAACGAUAGGACUGAGGGGCAAAAGUAUGGAGGUGUGUUCGUUGAAGAUAGUUCUGGGGGCUGUGUUAGCCUUUGA